CAUACCAAAUAGGUACGACAUGAAGCAUUAUACUUGUUUCAAUCGUGAAAAAUCUGGAUCAUCGAUGAAUAUAUAGUCACACUUCUCAAAUCUACAUUAAUAAUAAACAUGUUACAGUGCAAUAAAAGCCCUUUUUCGAACUGAAUUGAUGUAGUAUUGUAAGUUUAUCAGUUUCGAUGUAGGGUACUAUCCAAGUUGGAGAGAAUUGCAACUGUUCCUUGUUAAAUGUAUGGUCUGCUGAUUGUUGUUGUUGAAUCUAUAUAGUGAACAGUGGAGUUUUAAGAGGACAUACUGUUAUUUGUUCAUUUUGAUAUUUGCCCAGUUCUUAUAUCAUUUUUAAAAACUUGUUUCGAAAAGCUUUAGGCUAGUGAAUCAUUAAAAUAAAAGUCUUCCAAUAUUGAUAGUGUUGAUACUUCUUUGGUACGCAGAUAUGUUUUAUGCAGAAUUGACCAGUGUCUAUCAAAAUGGGUGGGGUGGGGGAGGAGAUUGGACAAAUGAGGUGUUUAUAAUUUAAAUUUGCAGUUGUUUUUCAAGCUAAAGUAAAUAAGAUAGUUUUUUAUGCAAGUCUCUUAACAAAGUUAACUACUAGCAAUGCAUUGUAAUUAUGAAGUGAUUUGUUUUAAACAAAUUCCAAUCAACACUGUAUGAUUAUACAUAUGUUGCAAAACCCUAUUCAGAAUUGUAAGUAAACAAAUAUAUGUCAGUUGAAAUGAUUGUGAAAGGUCUUUCAUGUAACUGUUUUAUGACACAAUUUGUCUUAUAGAAAUGAAGGAAUUGCACACCAGUCAGAGUGUGAAGAUCCCUAAGGGAGUGUCCUGCAGUGUGAGGGCCAGGAAGGUGAUCAUUAAAGGACCUCGAGGGAAUCUUACCAGAACCUUCCGUCACCUGGCUGUGGACAUAACAAUGGUGAACAAGAACACGAUCAUGGUAGAGAAAUGGUUUGGCAAACACAAAGAGUUGGCUGCAGUCAGGACUGUAUGCAGUCACAUAGAAAAUAUGAUCAAGGGGGUCACAAAGGGCUUUCUUUACAAAAUGAGGUCAGUGUAUGCCCAUUUCCCCAUUAACUGUGCAGUACAGGAAGGUGGACACGCAGUGGAGAUCAGGAAUUUCUUGGGAGAGAAAUUUGUCCGUAGAGUGAACAUGUUAAAUGGAGUAAAUAUCAAACCUUCAACUCAAAAGGAUGAGUUUAUCCUGGAGGGCAAUGACAUAGAGGCUGUAUCGACAUCAGCUGCUUUGAUUCAGCAAUCCACCACUGUGAAAAAGAAGGAUAUCAGAAAGUUCUUGGAUGGUAUUUAUGUGUCAGAGAAGACUACAGUUGUCCAAGAAUAAUUGUAACUGUACAAAAAUAAAGUCUUAAAAAAAAUGUCCAACUCGUUUUCAAUUACUGUCUCAAAAUGCAGGCAAUGACAGUUUGUCUUGUUCCUAAAAAGGACCUAUCCUUUACAAGAGUUGAUCACAAUAGAGGUUCUGAAUUCUUUGGAAAUCUUCCAGUACAAUGCAGUUUGUUAAAGGAAUAUACAAGCAUCUUUACAUAGUGGCGAUUCAAGUUUACACCAUAGCUGGCAUAACUACAAUUGAAUUUUUACAACAGAAUUGAUAAGAAAGUUCUUUAAAAAUUAUCUUGUGAACAAAUGAGUUAAUUUAAAUUAAGCAAAAUGACUGAAAAUGGUAGUUAAAAAUUGCUCCUUUCAAUGCACAUUUUGUGUUGUAUAUACUGUUAAAGUGCUUCCUCGAUAUAUAUCGAGGGAGCACUACUUGAAUGUGGAAAAAUCGUUUUACAUGCUC